GCGCUCCUACGUGCCUGCUCUCGCGCUGUCUGUCAGUGUCAAACAAGACACCUUUACACCACAUUUAACCGGACUCGUACAGUAAUAUCCUAAAAUAGGUGGUCUUCUCUUCACCACUGUGCCGUCGCUUUGUCUGUCCAUCGGACCUACUGCGUUUAGAGGGAGCGUCGCGGCUUAAAUAACCGACUGACCUCAAUUGAUCCUAAUAUAGCUCGGGUGAAGCGGGAUCAGAUGGACAAAUGGACACUGGCACGCAGGACGAUUGCCAUGAGGACUAUUUAAUGAACAGCACAGACCCCGAUCCAAAUGCAGAAGCUUAUAUGAACUUUAUGAAGAAACACUGUUGUUAUGAUGCAAUUCCCACCAGCUGCAAACUGGUCAUUUUUGACACCACACUGCAGGUGAAGAAGGCCUUUUUUGCUUUGGUUGCGAAUGGCCUGAGAGCAGCCCCUCUCUGGGACAACAAACUGCAGAGAUUUGUAGGUAUGCUGACAAUCACAGAUUUCAUCAAUAUUCUUCAUCGGUAUUACAGGUCACCUGUGGUUCAGAUCUAUGAAUUGGAGGAGCACAAGAUUGAGACAUGGAGAGGUGAUUCAUUUCAAAACGUCUAUCUGCAAUAUCACGAUCAGUGUCUCAUCAGUAUCACACCCGAUGCGAGCCUCUUUGAUGCAGUCUACUCUUUACUGAAACACAAAAUCCACAGGCUGCCGGUCAUCGAUCCAGAGUCUGGAAAUGUCCUUCACAUAUUGACCCAUAAGAGAAUCCUCAAGUUCCUUCAUAUAUUUGGAGCUGCAGUGCCUAAGCCACGCUCCUUGAAGAUGCAAAUUCAAGAUGCAGGAAUAGGAACUUUCACAGAUGUGGCGACUGUCUCACAGACAGCCACUGUGUACGAUGCACUUUCUGUGUUUGUUGAGCGACAUGUGUCCGCUCUCCCGGUGGUGGAUGACGAUGGCAAGGUGGUUGCCCUGUAUUCCAGAUUUGACGUGAUUAAUCUCGCAGCGCAGAAAACCUACAAUAACCUGAGCAUGAGCAUGCAGGAGGCCAUGCGGAGGAGACGCUGUUAUGUGGAAGGAGUCAUUAAAUGUUACCCUGAUGAGACUUUGGAGACUGUUAUUGCCAGAAUAGUCAAGGCAGAGGUCCAUAGGCUGGUGCUUGUGGACAGAGAUGACGUGGUACGGGGUAUAAUCUCUCUUUCAGACCUGCUGCAGGCCAUUGUUUUAUCUCCAGCAGGUAUUGAUGCCCUGUUUUCCUAACCUGUUCCCUCAUCUAACCUGCACUAGUAUCCAGGUAGGCUUUACUCUGCCUUCCUAGCCCAGCUAUGCCGAUACUUGCAUUGCUACUGUGCAUAGUACUAGUCAAACGUUUGGACACACCUACUUAUUCUCUAUUAGGACUAUUUUACACGAUUCAGAACAAACAUAAAAUCAUCAAAACUAUAAAAUAACAUGGAAGUGUGGGGGGAAAACAACAACAACUAUCUUUUAUUUGAAGUGCGUAAUGGGAAGUUUUACACACUAUUUUAUUAAUAAUAAUAAUACCUUUUAUUUAUAGGUGCCUUUCAAGACACUAAAGGACACCGUACAAUAUAAAACAAAACAAUAAACAUACAAAACGCGAACGUUAUAACACAUUAAACAAGCAGAUCAUUAAAAGCUAUUCUAAACAAAUACGUUUUUAUCUGAGCUUUAAAAUGGGAAAUUGAAUCCAGCUGGCGAAUGUGCAAAGGUAAAGAGUUCCAUAACUUCGGCGCUGCUCAACUAAAAGCCCUACCACCAAAGGAACUCAUCUUGAAGUUUGGAACAGACAAUACGUCUGCAAAAGAUGAUCUCAAAGAGCGCAAAGGAGUAUACAAAUGAAGAAGAUCUGAAAGAGGUGCCAAAUUAUGAAGAGCUUUGUACGUAAGAAGUAAAAUUUUGCAAUGUACACUAUAAUGAACAGGAAGCCAAUGCGGCUGGAAAAGAAUUGGAGAUAUAUGAUCAAAAGUACGUGAGCGGGUAAUUAUCCUAGCUGCUGAAUUCUGGAUUAGCUGUAAUCGAUGAAGUUUUUAUGAAUCAUUUU